GAUGCUGGUGGCCUGAUGGUUGGAGCUGUUUGUAAAUUGCAGCUUAUAAGGCGCGGCUUUUAAUCAGGGACCGUCCAGGCUUGGGGGCGCGGCUGGACCACCAUGGCCCUCCUGGGGGCCACCCCGCGGCUGGUGCUGCUGUUCAGCGGGAAGAGGAAAUCCGGGAAGGACUUCGUGACCGAUGCGCUCCAGAGCAGACUUGGAGCUGAUGUCUCUGCCAUUCUGCGCCUCUCAGGUCCACUCAAGGAACAGUAUGCCCAGGAGCACAACUUGGAUUUCCAGAGACUUCUGGAUGCUACCACCUACAAGGAGACGUACCGGCAGGAUAUGAUCCGCUGGGGAGAAGAGAAACGGCAGGCUGACCCUGGCUUCUUCUGCAGGAAGGUGGUGGAAGGCAUCUCCCAGCCUGUGUGGCUGGUGAGUGACGCACGGAGGUUAUCAGACAUCCAGUGGUUCCUGGAGGCCUAUGGGCCACUGACACAGACUGUGCGAGUGGUGGCGACUGAGAAGAGCCGGCAGCAGCGAGGCUGGGUAUUCACGCCAGGGGUAGAUGACGCCGAAUCAGAAUGUGGCCUGGACAACUUUGGGACCUUCGACUGGGUCAUCGAGAACCAUGGGGACGAGCAGCACCUGGAGGAACAGCUGAGGCACUUGACGGAAUUUGUCCAGCGUGUGAUCGUGGAGUCCUAAGAUCCACAGGGCAGCAGGAGAGGUGGUGGAAGCUGGCCGAGUUGGGGUGCGGUUAAGAGGCCUGACUCUGAACUCAGGGGGCUAGCAGACAACAUCUGACAAGUACUAAUCAGAAGACUAUGAAGAAGACUGUGAUUGCUCUAGCACAGAUGGUGUUGGUCAAGCUGGGCCUGAGGGGACUCGCCUGGCUGCCUUCUCUCCCCUGUUCUGGCUAUGAGCUCAACUUCCAGUGUGGGUGCUAAUAAACCUGGACACACUCAA